GCAGCAGGGGCACGCAAGACUUUCGAGGCGUCCCGCGUCUUGGUCCGCCGCGCCGCCCUGGCCGGAGUCCGCCUCGGGGAAUUCCCGCUCCUGCGCUUGGGGAGGCCGCGAGUUCCACUGACUGGGCGCGGGGGAGGGGAGAGCGGAAGCGUGGAGGAAGCAACCCGGGGCAGUUUGCCCUUCCUUCGUCGCCGAUAGGCUAGGGCCCGCUUGGGGGCGGGGCUUCCACUGAUGGCGGCGGGCGGGGCGGCGCGUGCCGUCCGGGUGAGGUUUGCGCCCAGCCCCACCGGGUUUCUACAUUUGGGGGGGCUCCGGACUGCUCUGUACAACUAUAUUUUUGCCCGAAAACACCGAGGCAGUUUUAUCCUUCGACUGGAAGACACUGAUCAAAGCCGUGUGGUAUCAGCAGCCUCUCAAAGCAUAGAAGAUGCAUUGGAGUGGGCAGGCCUGCCACCGGAUGAGAGCCCUCGCCGGGGAGGCCCUACUGCCCCUUACCAACAAUCCCUACGAUGUGACCUAUAUAAGAAAUACACAGACCUGCUUCUUGAGAAAGGGGCUGCCUACUGCUGUUUCUGCACUCCCCAGCGCCUGGAAUUAUUAAAGAAAGAAGCACUGCGCAGUCAGCAAACUCCACGGUAUGACAACAGGUGUCGUCACCUAAACCCCAAGGAGGUUGCUGAGAAGAUAUCUCAAGGUGUUGACUAUGUGGUGCGUUUUCGCCUGGAAGAGCAGACGGACCCUUUUUGCGAUCUAAUCCAUGGGUGGAGCAGGCAUGAAGUAGCCAGUGUGGAAGGUGAUCCAGUGAUUCUGAAGAGCGAUGGCUUUCCAACCUAUCACCUGGCCAAUGUGGUGGACGAUCACCUAAUGGAGAUCAGCCACGUUCUGCGUGGAGUUGAAUGGCUCACCUCCACUUCCAAACACCUCCUCCUCUACAGGGCCUUUGGCUGGGAGCCGCCUCAUUUUGGGCACCUUCCACUGCUCCUGAACGAAGAUGGCAGCAAACUCUCCAAGAGACAAGGGCAUGUUUUUGUGGAGGAGUUUGCGCAAGAUGGCUAUUUGCCAGCCACCCUCCUGGAUCUCAUGACACAUUCUGGCUCAGGGUUUGCAGAAAAUAGAAUAGGACGAACACUAAAGGAGUUGAUUGAUGAGUUUGAUCUGAGCAGGAUCGAAAGGCUCGCCCUCCUGGAUUUGAAGAAACUGCCAGAAUUCAACAGUGCAUUCAGUACGUUCUUUUGCUUAGGGUCACCUGCCCAGCAGAUUGGAGACGAGGAGGGCUACGGCAGAAGCUUGUGCGGAGAGGUCCGGGCCGCUGUGGAGGAAGUCUAUGGCCAGCAGCUUCCAGAGAGGGAGGUCCUUGAAAAGGGCUACAUUGAGCAGGUGCUCUGCGGCCACAUUAGCCGCCUGAAGGACUUGGUGUCCCCCAGCUAUGCUUUCUUGUGGAUCCGCCCUCGUGUCUUCGGAGAGCUGCAGACCUCUCUCCACUGGGGCAGACCAAUAGGAAGGGGGGUCCUCAGGCUGCUAGAAGGGCCAGUGACUCAGAGACCUGAAGAACUUGGCCAGCAACUGAGGCAGCUGCACAAGCAGAUAAGUGGCACCAAGUACAGCAGCAUGAUGAAGCUCCUCCGCUUCUCCCUUAGUGGCCUGCAGGACGGGCCCAGCGUUGCUGAGAUGAUGAUCCUGUUGGGGCCCAAGGAGACCAGCGUUCGCAUCCAGGGGGUUCUAUGCAGCCAACCUGCUCCAUGAGGGAAAGGGGCAAAGGAAGGACUUCGAGCAUGGUGGAGCUUGGGAAAAUACCUCCAUGCUUGGGGGCAACACACAGAGACAUUCUCUGGUUUUAUAGCAGCAUAGUCUGAUGUUGAUGAAUGCUGGGUUCAAAUUUAAUAGAAAAGGGAAAAAAUAUUAGCUGAUCUAAAGGACCUGUUGAAAUUAGAUAUGAGUGAGUCCUAACAUCCGAUGCGGCAUUCCUCCAUUUUGUAGCUCUGGGGAAACGGAUCAAGAUCUGAAAAAUGAUAUGGGAGUUAGGAAAUUAGAAUCACCCUCUUACUUUAGUUAAGCUAAAUUUUCCUAAUCCAGAUGAAAAUCCAAACUCAGCACUUUAGGCUUGCCUUUGCCAAGAACAUUUGACUUACCAGACUGGAUCCUUCCUUCUCCCUGAUCUCUGUGUUUUCUAGGGGCAGGGAGCUUCCAGCUGGUGAGGUCCUUGCCACCAAAAAUUUCUUUCUGCAACUGAACUGCACUGAAGUGUUUCCUCCUUCCUUCCUCACCUGUGCAAGGUGAGAUUGGGUCCCGAACUCUUGACUUUAAUCAAUAAAAGACUUUCACAUUG